CUCAUCAUCAGAUCAGCCCUCUCCAUAACUAAGUAAGGGGUAAAACAAUGGCUCCAAACAGGCCCUUGUCCCUUCUUCUUCUUCUUCUUCUUGCUGCUGCUGCUUCAGCUAGUAGUAGUAGUAAUAAUGUGAAGGCUGCAGGUGUAGUGCCCAGCACCCACUUUGCUGCUCCAUUCAACAGGACCAGUUUUCCCUCUGAUUUUGUUUUUGGGGCUUCUUCUGCUGCCUACCAGAUUGAAGGAGGAGCACUUGAAGAUGGCAAGGGGCCUAGCAUUUGGGAUACUUUUACUCACAAACACCCCGAAUAAUUUUUAAUAAUCAAUCAAAUGGUUCACAAAAAUGGGUCAAAAACACGGUUAAUAUUUGAACAUAUAAUUAAUACACAUGCAAUUUAAACUAGGACGGAAAGAUUACGUCAAUAUUUUACAAUGUCACAGAUUCAGGGGAUGAUUAUUUUCUAUGUGAGAAAGAUAGUUUUUAAAAAUGCACCUAAUAAAUUGACAAUGAUUUUUUAGUGCAAUAAAUUGACUGAUAUUUAAUAAUGUACGGAGUACCUGAUAAAUUUCAGGAGCUGCAAAUAUCCAACCAUCUAUACCAAAAUCAAAUCCAAAAUGUAUUAAAUGUCAAAUUAAUCAGUAAUUUAUCUUCUACUCACUACACUGAACUCAAACUUAAAAAAAAAAAAAUCACACACUAUAUUCCUUUCCCUCACUACUUUUUAUAAAGGUAAAAUUAAAAAAACAAGUGAAUGAGGUAAGCUAAAAAACAGUAGAUUCAACCACAAAAAUUAAACAUAUGUCAACCAAAAGAAAUUACUCGUAAAACAAAAAAGAAAAGUUAAAGCGUUAAAAUUUUGAAAAGACUAUCUACGGGCAGCGUUUAACGUUAGUCUUUUCAAAAUAAUCUGCACCAUUAAAAUUUUAUCCAAAACGCUAACGUUAUUCCCAAAUAGGCCCUAAAUCGAGACACAAAUCUGCAUUUGAAGAGGUGUGAGAAAGAGGAAAAACAUACACCCACCGUCCCUAAAUCAUUUUACGUAAAACAAAGUAAAAUCUCAAUU